AUGACAAGCAAGACUACACCGACAGGCGUCCAGGUGUUCCACUACCUCAAACGAAACCCGAACCUCACGAGAGAUCAAUUCUGGGCCUACUGGCAAGAUAUUCACGGUCCAAAACUUGUCCCUCUAGCUGAAAAAUAUGGAUUCAUACAUUAUCAACAAUUCCGCACAUUUGGCAAGGUCCUUCCCGUGUCUUCUCCGGAAGCUGCUCCAAACGUGGCAGAUGUGGGUUUAAAGGACACUCCAAGUGAGCCGGUAGACUUCGAUGGUAUUGCUAUGUUCCUUGUUCUUUCACUAGACAGCUUCAAGGCUGCUGUUGAAGAUCAAUACUACCUCAAUGUGGUUGAACCGGAUGAGCAUAAUCUGAUGGAUAAAAGUGCGCCAGGGAGGGGCGUGGUGGCAAGUUUCCAGGGUUCCAUGAUUCCCGUAGUUCAGGACGGAGCUGAUGCAACUGGGGAUGAGUUGAGUGUUGAAGUGAAGAAGGCUAGGAAGGCUUUUGCUGAAAUUAAUGAAGCGACUUAG